GAAACAGCCACAGAUGAUCAUGAAGCAAACCCCGACAUAAAACAAUCCAUCAUGGAGGACAGCGAGGAGCACAAGGGAGCUGAAACAGAGAGAACACAUUCAAAAGAAGAGCUGGAAGAAGAGGAGGAGAAGAAAAGAGAAGUUGGAGUGAAGCGCUGGAGUCAUGUGAGCAAACUGUCCCACAAGAGAGUAGAGGCAAGCCCAAAGCUGGAUGAGCACUGGGAAGCACCACAGCACUCUAAGGAGAGAGAAGGUCAAGAGGGGGAGCUGUGGAGGAGCCCUGAGGAGCAGGAGCUGCAGCUCAUGGCACAAACUCAACCACAGGACAAACGAGAUGAAGAGGGCAGCGGCAGCAGAAAGACAGGGGAUGCUGAGAUCGAAAGUCUGGCUGCCAUUGAGUCUGAACUGGAGAGUGUGGCUCAGAAGCGCCAUGAUCUGAGACGAGGCUGAGCUGCUCCAGCUCUUCUUCUCUUUCCACUUUGCCCUUCAUCUCUCCUUCAGUAGAAAGGCAUGUUAACUGGAGAUGAGGCUCUCACCUUCUUGCUCAGUCCACAGCAGUGCAAGCUCUUAUCUCAGCGCCGCAGAUUCUCUGCUUAUUCCCUCCAUGUGUAAAAUGAAACCUCAAAGUGACUUCUCUGGUGUCAGACAUUCAGAGGUCCCUUCACUUUUGUCUCCCAGCUCCUCCGCUUUGCUUUAUUGUGCUUGCUUCCUGAAGAAAUUUGGGCAUUGAGUACAUUUAAUGUAAAAUAUUUGCUACCCAGAAUGAUCACACUGGGUUGAAAUUUUAAUAUACGUAAGGAUAUAUAUCUGAUAGAUUGUACCUGAUAUUAUGGAGUCUUAUGAUCCAUAGGCAAUAAUGUUUUUAUUAGAUAUGGUGAUGACUGUAAUUAAAUGCUUUUUGGGUUUCAAGAAAACAAAUAAAGAUCAAAAAGAAGUGUUUCAAACUGAUUCCACAAAGUGUGAGUCUGAACUAAACCUCAAAGCGACCCAAAACUGAUGUCAGUACAGCAGACAAUCAGUCAAAGAAUUUUUUGUGCUAAAGUUUGAUUUUAUUGUCCUUUUCAUUCUUUUGUUAUUUAAGAGGCUUUUUUCUGUCUCAAAAUAAAAAAUGACCAUAUUUAAAAACUAUACAUCAUGUACAAGUAUAACGUGAUGGAGAUAAAACAGACUAACAAACUUACAUUGUCAAAAUAGCAAAUUUAAUACAUUUGUCAAUCAUAUUUCAGGGAAAGUUCACCCAACAAUGCAAAUUCUG